CAUCCAAGUAAAAAUGCAAGCCACAAAAUGACUAAGUCAUAGCAUCUUCUUUUCAACCAACCACACUCUUUCCACCUUAUCCUUUGGUUCCUCUGGAUCCAAAAACAUACAAAGUCCCUUCCAUACCAUACCACUGUGAAUCUACUUCAAGAACCACACCACAGCUUCACCACCAAGAAGAGAAUGACCAUGACCAGUGCAGCAACUCCAGCCACAAUCCCUGUUGUGGGAAGCUCCAGUGUUGGCAGCACAAGGAGAAGGGAGAGGAGUGUGCACUUCAUCAGAGGGAUCAAUUCUUUUGGGGGGUUGAAGGCUCGGAACAGUGUGACAUCAUUAGGCUUUCCUGUGUGCACUGAGCAGUGCUUUGCAAAGGUGGUGAUGAGCUCAUUGAAAUUUCCAUCUAAGGGUAGAAGAGGAGGUGCUGCCGCCUCAACCUGCAAUGCUGCUGCUGAGAUUUUCCAAAUUGCUGGCAUCAUGAAUGGCCUUGUUCUUGUUGGGGUUGCUGUAGGAUUUGUCCUUCUUCGAAUUGAAGCAUUUGUGGAAGAGACUGAGUGAGAAUUUCAUGAACUUUUUAUCAUUGUUUUCAUAUAUGAAUCUCUAUCAUCCAAAAGGGAAAAGGUUGUGUAUUUCUUUGAUUCUUGAUAUGAUGUAGAACUAAAUAAAUUAAUAGUACCAUAUGAAUUUUUAGUUGGAGACAAGAGUUGUACACAAAGUGAUCUGGCUUGUUACAUGUAAGUUGAUGGGAUAUGUUUUGUGGACCAGCUAUGGAAAAAAAAUAUCAACCUUAUGAGAAUUUGGCUACAGUUUGUAGCCUAAAUAAGAAAUGUAUUUCAAUUGACUUCGUAA